GAAUCUUCAGUCCUCUGCAAUAGAGAAUUUCUAAGAAAAUGUCUAUAAUCGUCUCUAACCAUUAGCGAGCCAUGGGUCAGAGGUCGUGGGAAAGGGCGGGAAGCGGGUGUCGGACUUUCCCUGGACCGGCGGCCGAUGGACCUGAGCGAGUGGCGGCGGGACCCGGGCAGCAGCUGCCGCCUCAGCUCGGCCGUGGCGGCCGCUUGUCGCAGAGAGCCGUGCAGCCUGGGGGUGGACGAGGCAGGGAGGGGGCCGGUGCUGGGGCCAAUGGUGUAUGCAAUCUGCUUUUGUCCUCUUUCCAAGCAACAACAACUGGAAGAGCUCAAGGUUGCAGACUCCAAGACACUGACAGAGAAAGAGAGGGAGAAAUUGUUUGCCAAACUAGAUGAAGCAAAAGAUUUUAUUGGCUGGGCUCUGGAGGUCCUCUCACCCAACAUAAUUUCAACAAGUAUGCAGCAAAGAACCAAGUGCAAUCUGAAUACGUUGUCUCAUGAUGCUGCCAUUGGCCUCAUCCAGUAUGCAUUGGAUAGUGGUGUUCAAGUCAAAGAGGUUUAUGUAGACACUGUUGGACCUGCUGAAAAAUACGAGGCCAAGCUGAAGGAGCGUUUCCCAGAGCUUGAGGUUACAGUCAGAGCCAAGGCUGAUUCCUUGUUCCCAAUCGUCAGUGCAGCCAGUAUUUGUGCUAAGGUUGCAAGAGACCAUGCCAUUCAGUCUUGGAAGUUUGUGGAAGAUUUAGAAGACAUAAGCCCAGAUUAUGGUUCAGGAUAUCCUAAUGAUCCCAAAACAAAGGAGUGGAUGGAGAGCCACGUAGACCCAAUUUUUGGUUAUCCACAGUUUGUGCGUUUUAGUUGGAGCACAGCUCAGACAAUUCUGGAUAACCGAGCAGUACCUGUCCACUGGGAUGAUGAUGAGGAGGACGGCAACAAGGACAACACUCCCUCAGUGCUGACCUACUUUCAAAGAAAGACGGAAGACCCAAAAGUUCAGCCGCACCGAUUCUUCACUGAGAGGAAGCUGGUCUCUCUUGUGAACCUAUGAACCUACCAUUAUUUUGGUGGGGUGGGGGUGUUGGUGCAGACUCAAAACAUGUAUAAAAUAGCUCUGCAGGGGAAAAACAGCAGGUGGAGAGAAGAGGAGCAUGGGGCUUUUCCAAAAUGCUGCAUUGGGUACUGCAGGUCAGUCAGUGAGCAGUGAUACAGUGUAGGUGUGUCGAAGGCUAAAUUAACCCUGGAGUGAAUGCGUCAUAUAGAUGCUAGUCCCUGUAGGAUCAAAAGGUAUCUGAAGUGUGACAGUAGUUUGGGAUGAGCUACUUGCUUUUUCUAACCCAAGCUGCUGGGCUGCUUACCUGUCCACCCCGAGCUGCCUGUUGCAUUAUAUUGUUGAAUAUACAGUUUUGUCUCUUUAAUUAAGAUUCAUCCUCCCUUUCUAAUGCUCUUUUAAAAAAAAAUGGCCCAAAGUCUUGCUCCUCAGCUUUGGUCUGUGCCUCAGUGACUGGGAGGCAGGUGUUGCUUGGAAUAAAUUUUCACUGUUCUUUCAAACCACGCCAAGCUUCCUCCCUCCCAGAUGGGAGAUGCCUGUCUGCCUUCACUUAAUGAAUAGCCUUUCCAAGGAAUAGUGAACUUGUCACUGAACUCUAUAUUGCAAUGUGCUAGAAUGCCAGAGCUGAGAGCUCUGCAGAGUUCUGACCUACUGAACAUAAUUUACAACUGACUUUCUGUGAGAACUUGGAAAUUAUACCAAUAAAACAUUGCCUUUUGGAACCCAUAGACUGUUGUCCUGAACUCUCAAUAUCCUGAGUGUUGAUGAAUUGAGUAGAUGCCACAGGAUUUCAUUUCAUUAACAGCUGUCCUGUCAUGGUGCUGACAGGUUUAUAAUGGUGAGGAGAGAAUUUGCAAGUGACAAUUUAUAAUACUGCCUGAAAUGUAUUACAGGUGAAAUUUGAGCCUUGAAUGUCGCUAUAGCAACGUCUUGUCAUUGUAAUAAUCGCUCAGCAUGAACAAGUUUUUACUCAAUUGUGGCUACCCUUUUCCUUGCUAUCACUGCCCCGUUCCAUUUUAGUUUGUUUUUUUUUAAUUUAGCCAUAUAUGUAAAUAAAAGAUACUUUUCAUCAA